AUGGGUGAAGACAAAGAACCUAGAAUACUGGGAAACCGAAACCUAACAAGAAUGUUCACCGUGUACCCUCAUUUAUUUCUGACUCCAACAGGUGUACAGCAGAAAGUUCAGUCUUCAAGGAGAUUCUCAGGAAUUGCAAAUCCAAACCAUAAUGAUUUGAAAAUAGUAGGAUCAACCACAUUUCCAGUCAAAAUUUACGUCAAGGUGAAUCACAACAGUCCACGUAUUCUGUGUGUAACAAAUCGGCUACGAAAUUCAGAGCUGAUAGAUCCAGUAUUCCAAUGGCAUGGACCAGGAGGUGACCUUGUUGCAGAAAAUAGCAGUGUGAAAAUAACACCAACAGGAACCCUAAUAUUCAGACACUUCAAAUACGACAUGAGUGGAAUUUACACUUGUUCCCUCGUUUUUAGACCAACUGCAGAGCAGGCUGAAAAAAACUAUUUGCUCAAAUAUGUUAUUUAUGCUUAUUCUGAUCCUAACUUUUACUAUGAGUUUACAGCCCGGUAUCAUGCAGCCCCUUGCAACAGUAUCUACAAUAUUUCUUUUGAGAAGAAGUUGCUUCAAAUACUAAGCAAACUUGUCAGUGAACUUUCUUGUGAGGUUACUUUACUCAAGGCAGAGUGCCAUCAUGUAAAAAUGCAGAAAGCAGGUCUACAAAAUGAAAUCUUCUUUACUUUUACAGUUUCUUCUUUAGAUACAGAAAAAACCAACAAUCCAUGUCAGCAAAAGAGUUGUGAUACUGCUAAAAGAUUAAAGAAGGGUUGUCUGCAGCCCAGGAUCAUAUAAUCCCCACGAUGGAGUUCACUGUCUUCAGUGCAACCAUACUUUGAUAUACGGAGCAGCAAAAUGUUAGCAGAAUGUCAGUAGGAAUACAUUGCUUUUCAGUAGCUCUGAUGUAUUUCAUUUUUAAUAUAGUAAUAUCAAUAAAAUGAUUUUAACAACU